CUCUCUCUCUCUCUCUCUCUCUCUCCCUCUCUCUCUCUCUCAUCCAGUCAGGACAGAGCCAAGUAGAAAAAUCUGAUACAUCAAUAAAAGAGCAAACUGUCUAUCUACUCUCACUGUGUCCUCCUCUGAUUCUUUUUUUUUUUCUGGGUAUCUAAAACUUUCCCGGAAAAUAUUUUACAGAGAGAGGAGAAUGUCGGGAGGAAGAACGAACAGGAAGAUAUCCGCAGCUUCUGCGAGAUCGCACACCAGAAAUACUAAGAAAAAAUCUUCUUCUGGUGUUUUGAAGACAGUCCUGUUGGUGGCCUUCGUCGGAGUGGCAGGCUGGCUCUAUCAGGCGACACAACCUCCGCCGCCGAAACCCAUCUCUUCCACCGCCGGCGUGACGGCGCCGCCGAGGAUCAAACUCAGAGACGGAAGACACUUAGCGUACAAGGAACACGGAGUUCCAAGAAACGAGGCCAACUUCAAGAUCGUAUAUGUCCACGGCUUCGAUUCUUGCCGUCACGACAACUACUUCGCCGAUGCCUUGUCUCCUGGUAUGGUGGAGGGAAUGGGGAUAUACAUGGUGUCGUUUGAUAGACCGGGGUAUGGAGAGAGUGAUCCCGACCCGAACCGGACGCCAAGAAGCAUAGCUUUGGACAUAGAAGAGCUUGCCGAUGGGUUGGGACUUGGUUCCAAGUUCUACGUCCUCGGUCUCUCCAUGGGAGCUCAAAUCACUUGGACCUGCCUUAACUACAUUCCUCACAGGUUGGCGGGAGCGACGCUGGUUGCACCGGUGAUAAACUACUGGUGGAGAAACCUACCGGAAAACAUGGCGAAGGAAGGCUUCACUCAGAUGCUUCCAGCUGACCAAUGGGCUCUUCGGGUGGCUCACUAUGCGCCCUGGCUAACCUUCUGGUGGAACACUCAGAAAUGGUUCCCCAUCUCUAACGUCAUCGCUGGAAACCCCGACAUACUCUCCCGUCAAGACAAAGAGAUCUUGACUAAGCUCGGAUUCUCCAAACCCAACCAGGCUUACGCAAGGCAACAAGGGGAAUACGAGAGCCUUCAUCGGGACAUGAUAGUUGGGUUUGGCAGCUGGGAAUUCGAUCCUUUGGACAUCAAAGAUCCGUUCCCGAACAGAGUCGGUUCCGUUCAUGUGUGGCACGGCGAUGAGGAUAGGUUCGUGCCCGUGAAGAUUCAACGACACAUCGCCGAAAAUCUUCCAUGGAUUCAGUACCAUGAAGUUGCAGGGUCAGGCCAUUUCUUGCCUCUUGUUGAUGGGAUGGUUGAUAAGAUCGUCAAGACACUAUUGGUUGGGGAAGAAGAUUGAGUAAAAGCAAAAUGCCGUUAUCUUUGAGUUGAACAUUUUUGGUUUGCAGCAACUUCAUGAACUUUCUUUCAGUGUUUAA